GUUUAGAUUGGAAGCAACUAGCAUAAAGUGUGCAAACAACAUUGAGGAUUCUUAAAUGGCCUGCGUUCGCGUUCGCGUUUGUCGUUAGAAUGGAAGCAUACAAACAAGAGCUAAGAGAUGUGACCAGAGAAUUAGCUCAGAUUGAGGAUGAGAUUCAGGACCUACUCAACCGACAGUCGUCACUUCUUGAGAGAAAAGAUCAGAUUGAAUCUGUACUGAAACAGAGCACUCAUACCCAACAGACUGACAAAAAAUGGGAUUCCACAGACUUUCAAUGGAGCAAAGAACUGCAGGAAAAGAUGAAAAAUAUCUUCCACAUCAAAAGCUUGCGGCCAAUGCAGCUACAGACGAUGAAUGUGACUAUGUCGGGAAAGGACGCAAUGCUUAUAAUGCCGACUGGGGGUGGCAAGAGUCUAUGUUUUCAGUUACCUGCCCUCUUAUCAAAAGGUGUGACACUAGUUGUCUCCCCUUUGGUAUCACUGAUGGAGGAUCAAGUGAUGGCGUUAGAAUCAUUAGAGGUGGAUGCCACCAUGUUGAAUGCCUCAGUUGACAAAACCAAAGUAACGUCAAUACAGAAUUCAAUGGUGGAUAAAACUUCCUCUCUCAAGCUGCUGUAUGUGACUCCAGAAAAACUUGCAAAAAGUAAACGCUUCAUGAAUAAACUUGAAAAAAUGUACCAGAUGGGUCGAUUUUCACGACUUGUCAUAGAUGAGGUUCAUUGUUGUUCGCAAUGGGGACAUGAUUUUCGACCAGAUUAUAAGUUCCUGGGGAUCAUGAAAAGACAGUUUCCAGAGGUUCCUAUACUUGGUCUCACAGCCACUGCAACCACCAAUGUGCUGGAGGAUGUCAAGAAAAUUCUCAGCAUUCCCCACUGCCUUGUGUUCAAAGCCUCCUUCAAUAGGCCCAACCUGUACUACGAGAUCCGACCAAAACCUUCAGCAAGUAAAGAUGCCAUGGACGAGAUCCAGAAAUUAAUCAAGAAGAAAUUUGAUGGCAUGUCAGGUAUAAUUUACUGUUUCUCAAGAAAGGAAUCGGAAGAUGUUGCUAGAGCUUUACAGGAACGAGGGAUAAAGACGGGAAGCUAUCAUUCAGACAUGAGUGCUACCCAGCGCAGCAGGGUACACAAAAUGUGGCUGUCGAACAAAAUACAGGUAGUGGUGGCCACUGUGGCAUUUGGUAUGGGAAUAGAUAAACCGGACGUACGGUUUGUAAUCCACCACUCUCUAAGUAAAUCCAUGGAAAACUUGUACCAGGAGAGCGGACGAGCAGGACGUGAUGAUAAAGUUGCUCACUGCAUCAUCUUCUUCAGAUUCCAAGAUGUCUUCAGACAAAGUACCAUGGUUUUCACGGAGCAGACAGGUCUGGACAACUUGUAUGGUAUAGUGUCAUACUGUACAGACAUAUCACACUGCAGGAGGAGCAUGAUAGCACGACACUUCGGCGAGGUAUGGGAGAGGUCGCAGUGCAAUAAGAUGUGUGACCACUGUGAUGACACAUAUCGUGUAACUCCUGAGAAACGAGAUGUUACCAAGCUUUGUCAGAACGUUCUCACCUUACUUGAUCAUGCUGCUCAGACACAGCAACGUGUGACUGCAACCAAACUGAUGGAUGCCUGGGAAGGGCGUGGCGCUACUUCCCUUAGGGUGAGGGAUGUCCCUGAACCCAACAUCUCACGGGACAAGCUGGAAAGGAUCCUGGCCCAUUUGUUACUUAACGGUUACAUAAAGGAAGACUUCCACUUCACUGCAUACUCAACCAUCAGUUACAUUGUGGCAGGUUCAAAGAGUAGACUACUUCAAAGUGGAAGUUCGAAAAUUGGCAUGGAAUUCCCAGGAAAGAAAAAAAUAUCCGAAGAUUCUUCAAACUCCAAAUCACCAGGUGUGAAAAAGACCGUCUCCACUAAAGAUAAGCAAAGGCUAUCUACUGACCAGGAGAAACAACCCAAACUUGUUGUUAUCAACAGGCAGAACUCUCACUUUACUUCAUUAACAGCAACAGAUGACACCGUACAGGAUGGGUCCUCAAAGCAGCAACAAGUUCAGAGUAAAAAUACAGACUCUGAUGAAGACUUGAUAAUGGGUGACCAUGAGAAGUCAUCCAGAGCUAGCAAAGGAUCGAAAUCUCGGUCUAAUGCAUCCAGCAGUGUGUCGUCUGGGAAACAUUCUCCGUCUAAAAAAAGAAAGAAGGUUUUUCUGAGUGAUACCGAUAGUGAUGACCUUGACUUUGGUCAAGAGAAAAAUAGAAAGAAACCGUCGGUCAAAAAAAAGAUAUCGCGGACUGCACAGGACAGCAAUCUCACUAGAAUCUCACCAGGUUUUGUCUCUAAUGGAGAAACCAUUUGUUUAGACAGCAGUGAUGGUGAUGAUACAUAGCCAAACAUUGCCUCUGUAUUGAAAACAUUGAAUCAUGAUGCCUUGCCUAAUAUUAAAACAAUCCUGUUGUUA